UUGCCUCCGCCGCCAGUAAUUCCAGUAAUUGAUGAAUUGUACAUACAUACAUAUCGGUGCAUAUGUAUGGAUAUUUCGACGCGUCUACGCGUCUUUCAUCUCGUCUAUUUAUUUGAUCUCAUUGAUGUUGAUCAGUUCUCAGCAGAUCACGAGUACCUUGACAUCAUCCUCUUUCGGUGAAUCAAUCAGACUGGCUAUUUUCUCGUUAAAUCGAGGGAAAAAGUGCUGAGCGAAUUUGAAACAAGUAAUAACAGUGUGCAUGAUCCAUUGAUAAUGCCGCUUCAUCGUUAUACACACGCUGUACUGUGCAGAAUUCCAAAUUCCAUUCAAACGAAGGGCGAGGUCUUACUUGAUGAUGCUAGAGAUCAACAUGCAGCAUUAGCACAAUUAUUACGUGAUUUUGACAUCGAUUUUGUGGAAAUGCCGGCGGAUGAAGAGUCACCCUAUUGUGCCUUUGUUGAGGAUAUUGCUGUUGUUUGUAAUGGUGUUGCACUCGUUGCAAGACCCACUGAAUCAAGCAGAAUCAAAGAGGUUUUUACUAUCUGUCAUUACUACUUAUUUUCUUUAUGCAAGGUGGCAGAGACAAAACGCCUGAAAGGUCUGGUUACGAUGGCUGGCCCUGAUGUAAUAUGCGUAGGUGCUGGAAAAGACUGUCAAGAGGCAUUAAAGAGAAUUGAAAGAGAAGCAACAUACACUUAUCAAACUCUGACCGUUCCGGAAGAUGCAGCUGCCAACGUUAUAUAUUUAAAUGGAACCUUAAUUCAUCGUCAUGAAGAAGAAAUUCCGUCAUCAAGCAAAGUAUUCGAUGAUAAAGUUGAAUUUCCAACGAAGGCACUUCGUAUGUCGGAAUUAGCAAAGCUUAGCUUGGGUUUGUCGUCGUGUUGCCUCUUGGUACGUAAACCCAAACAUAUUCGCAGUCUGUAAACAAUUAACGUCGUACAAUCCAGAAGAUUCUUUAAUACUUGAACGUAACAUAAUAACAAAGUCUCAAUGUUAUUGAAUUUUCCUGCCUGAAAAAAAAUGGAAAAUCAUUUGAAUUUAAAAAGAAGAAAACUUGGAAAUAUUUUGAUAAAUAUUAAGUAGAUUCACACCAGCACUCUAGUCCCAAUCUAGGUGGGAAUGGAAAGAAGAACGAAUCGGAGGACGCAGCGUUUAGAUUUCCCGUUUAGAUUUCCCGUUUAGAUUUCUCGGAGCUGCUUUAACUCCUGGUAAAUUCUUUUUAAAAUUUAUCCAAACCUCUCGUCCAGGGACCUCAGUUAAAAUGAAAUUUCAAAUACCUUAGAAACAACUUAUGAGAAAUGCUCCUAAUAAUUCUCUCAAUGUCAGUGAUUUAGCGACUUCUAUCCGGCCAGCAAUCGGCCAGCAAAACCUAUCCGUUGUGGGGCGCCUUAACCAUUACGCCAGGCCACCACGCGUCAAUUCUUUUUGAAAUUUUAAGUAGUAAAGUAGUUGUCUGUCUUUUCCCGGGUCCACAAUCACCCACCGUUGUUGUCCAUUGUGUAUAAGUGCAUCAACAGGUGUUGUCAUGGGACCAGAUACGCCAUCACGUCCACGUCGUUGGCCCUGGGUGACGCAAAAAGCGAAACAUAGUGCGAUUCGUCAAAAAAUUCCAAACGGGAUAAGGACUAAAGUACUGGUGUGAAUCUACUAAAUAUUUACCAUUUUUUAUGCUGAAUCUUGAGAGCAAUCUUAAGGAACUCAAUAUAAUUCGGGCACAAUAUCCGAAAUUCAGAAUAUAUUAUUUGAGAAAACGAAUGAUUCCCCAUUUAUGCAUAAAUAUAUAUUAUUUAAAAAGAAAUGAAAUAUUUCGAGUCGAAUAUAUCUUUCAGAAAUUUGGAACAUUUUUUAAAAUAAACAUUAAAAGAGUGUUCAGUAUCAUGAACAAGGUUUAUGGAGUAGAAUUUGAUUGAGUUUAAUCAAGCGUUUUACGUUGUCCGAAUUCUUCACAUUCGAUUAUCAUAUUGGAGAGUUUUAAUAUAUUUGAUAGUAAAUAUCAUUGAUGAGAGGUAUAUAUAUGAGAGAGUAAUAUAUUAAACCGCAGUAGAGUAACAAAAUAUGCAUUUACCGAAAUCAUGUUUCAUUUUAUCUCGACGUAAAGUCUCAACAUAAUAAU